CAAGUUUUACAAUUAUUUUAGAAUGCAGAAAACUACAUUCGACAACUUGCUCCAAAAAUUAUCCCAGGAACUAAAACAUCAAGAUACUUUUAUGCGAGAGAGUAUAUCGCCCGCAGAAAGAUUGGCUGUAACUCUGAGGUAUCUAGCAACAGGAGAUACCUUUACUGACCUAUACUACAGCUAUAGAAUUGGAAUAAAAACCAUAAGUUGCAUCGUACGUGAAGUAUGCCACUACAUUUGGUUAGAACUGUAUAAAGAAUAUAUGAAAAUGCCAUCUAAAGAAGACUGGCUACACAUUGCAAGCAAAUUUCAAGAAUCUUCCAACUUCCCGCUGUGCUUAGGAGCGGUCGAUGGAAAACACAUCAGACUUAUUAAGCCAAUUGAUAGUGGCUCGAUGUUUUUAAAUUACAAACAUUUUUUUUCUAUAGUUUUGAUGGCAGUAGUAGAUAGCGAUUACAACUUUAUAUUUGUUGACGUUGGCGCCUACGGAAAGGAGUGUGAUUCCAGUGUGUUUAAAGAGACCCCAUUUUGGAAAAAUUUAACAAACAACGGAUUAAAUCUACCCGAUGCAACACGUUUGCCUGGAAUUGACUACGAUUUGCCAUAUGUGUUCGUUGCGGACGAAGCCUUUGCUUUGCAUUAUCACUUGCUUCGUCCAUUUGGUGGUCAUCAGCUUGAUCAAUUAAAACGUACAUUUAACUACAGACUCACAAGAGCGCGAAGAUUUGUUGAAUGUGCGUUUGGCAUUUUAUCCAAUAAAUGGCGAAUUUUUCACCGGCCAAUGAAUGUGUCCAUCGAUUUGGCAGUUGAUAUUGUGAAAACAUGUUGUGUUUUGCAAAAUUUUAUACAUAAGCAGGAAAACUUUCAGUUUCACAAUGCGAGUGAAAAUGAGUCCACCCUUGAUUCAGAAUCGGAACUAAUCCAGUUACCUAUCACGAAUGCAGUUCGCGGAAGUUUGGCGGCUAAUGAAGUUCGCAACAGAUUUGCACAAUAUUUUGUAUCUAACGAAGGUCGCCUCUCCUAUCAAAACAACUAUGCAUAAGUAAAAAGUUAAUAAUUAAAUAUCUGUAACUUA